UGUCUCAUUUCGCCUAUGUGUUGUUACGACACCAGUGUGACAUCCGAAUGUAAACCGACACCGCUUCCUGGUACGGACUUCACUAAUAAUAAUGUCCCGGUGAGAAAAGGAUCAUCGAAGGAUAAGGAAGAAGAAGAGUUUUCCCGUCAUUUUUGUGUAAAUAAUCCUUUUCAUCAAGCGAGAGGAAUGUCAGACACGAGCAAGUCAGAGGACGGCGCCCCGUCCUCAUCGAAGGUCAUCGCCGUGGUCUUUGUCCUGCUGCUGCUGGACCUGCUGGGGUUCACGCUCAUCCUUCCUCUCCUGCCCUCCAUCAUGGACCACUACGCCCAAACCGGGGAUGUGGCCUAUCAGUCCCUGCAGAGCGCGGUGAACUUCUUCAGGGAGGUGCUGAGAAUCCCGAUGGAAAAGAAGUACAAUAGUGUCCUGUUUGGAGGUCUGAUCGGCUCGCUGUUUUCCCUGCUGCAGUUCUUGUCGUCUCCAGUUACCGGAGCGCUGUCGGAUCGCUUCGGCAGGCGACCUUUACUCCUCCUGACCACAACGGGCAUGAUGACCUCCUAUGUGGUCUGGGCUCUGUCCCGGAGCUUCUCCAUGUUCCUUAUGUUUCGUGUCAUCGGGGGCGUUUGUAAGAGCAACGUCAGCCUUUGCACCGCCAUCGUGGCCGACAUGCCAUGCCCGAAAGCUCGGAACCGCGGAAUGGCCAUGAUUGGCGUGGCCUUCUCGGUGGGCUUCACGGUGGGACCUCUGAUGGGGGCCUACUUCGCCGUGGCCGACAACACCACGGGACACGUCUUCUUCCAAACUCCGGCACUGCUCGCCUUGGCCUUCAGUGCUGCCGAUUUCAUUUUUAUCUGGCUGGCGCUGCCCGAAACGCUCACACAGGACGCCAAGCCCCGCCUCCACCCACCGAGACAAAGAGACUGUAUGACUGACAAAAGGGCUCACUCCAAUCAUGCCGCUGUUCUAUGGAACAAACGCGCCAAGGGUUUGUCUUCUGCUUUUGGGGACUUCCGUGACCUGCUGAACCCGCCGGAACUGUUUAGUUUUUCAGCAGUUACCAGAAGCAAAGAUCCUCCCUCAGAAGAACGAAUGCAGAGACUGAAAGUGCUGGGGCGGGUUUACUUCUGCUACCUCUUCCUGUUUUCCGGUGUGGAGUUCACGCUGAGUUUCCUCACGCACCAGCGCUUCCGCUUCACCAGCAUGCAGCAGGGGAAGAUGUUCUUCUUCAUUGGCGUGGUCAUGGCUUCCAUCCAGGGAGGAUACGCCCGCAGAAUUAAACCCGGGCACCAGAUCAAAGCUAUUCGCAUGGCAAUCACCACAUUGAUCCCAGCGUUUAUUCUAAUUGGACUCUCGUGGAAUGUCACCAUGCUUUAUGUGGGCUUGGCGCUCUAUUCUUUUGCGGCCUCGGUCGUUGUCCCGUGCCUCUCGACGCUCGUCUCUGACCACGGCUCGUCCAGUCAGAAAGGCACAGUGAUGGGGAUCUUACGCAGUCUAGGCGCCCUGGCGAGAGCUCUAGGACCAGUCGUGUCAUCCUCUGUUUACUGGCUGGCCGGCGCACAGAUCUGUUUCCUUCUCACGUCAGCCUCCUUCGUUAUACCUCUCUUUCUACUGAGCGGCGCCAGAAGAUUGAAGGCGGAAUGAAUGUGCAGCGGCUCACUGUGACACCAUAGUGUUUUAUUUUUCUGUUUCCAUGUUUACAUUUUCUGGGUGAUCAAGAGCUGUAAGGUCACUACGAGUUCACACAAGAUGCAAAAAGGGGCCAACAUUAAGAGAUUUUAUGGGUGUGGGAAACGAGUCAUUACUUUUUAUACUGUGCAAUUUUGCCAAUCACUUAAAAGAAAGAACAAGCAUUCCGUUUUUUGGUGCCUUUGAAGAAUGUAUUAUUCUAUUUUCUUAUCAUUAAACUAGAGAAACUGCCCGUGA